AUGACUGACAUACAGGUCGAGCAAGCUCAUCAUUAUCAAAAGGACAACCUGCAAAUUCAGAUGCAAGCAAUGCGACGAGACGAAGUUAGAGAUCUUGUCAAUUCAGACAUCAACCGGAUCAACAGCUCGCUCUUGGUCGCUACAUUGAUUUUAUCACUGGCAGGAGAGAUGCUCUUCGAAGGUCAGAUUCCAACAGAUUGCCCUCCUUUUGUGCUGAAUGCCUACAUGCUCUGCCUGGGCAGCGCAGUCUUCUAUUUGACCUUGUCCAUUCUGUCUGGAAUCAUCGCCAGCAACACAGCAUACCGAAAAGCCGCAAGGCUUCUCGUUCACUACAUUCGCCCACGGUGGAAGCAGCAUUUUCAACAGCUGCGGCAACGCCAA